UACUCAUGCACUCCCGUUGAUAUAUUAUAUGUAUAUUUCAGUGGUUUAGUCUGUCGAAUUUUUCACGAAGCUUUAGACGAAUACGUUAAUAUUGACAGACGUACAAUAAGUAUUACGUAUUAAAAUGGGUUUAAAUCCAGCUACAAAGCAGAGAAUAGCCAUUGUCCUGAAUGUGAGCAAAUUUGCAUUUCAGUGGGGUUUUAUUCCUGCCGUUCUUUAUUUAGGUUUUAGCAAAGGUGCAGAUCCAGGCAUGCCUAAAUUAACUCUUAUGAACUUAUUAUGGCAGUGAGAUCUAACCACAAAUAUAUAUACUUCUAUUUCACAAAAAGUAUGUGCAAAAAAUCAUCAAUAUUGCAUAGAUAUAUCAAAGAUUGUCUUAUCUCCCAUCGUAUUUCCCAUCAAACUAACAACCAGAUAAUGUAUUGUUAAAUAUGUGUGUACUUAUUAAAUAAUAUACAAUAU